GCGCGUUUUUUUUUAUUUAUCUCUUCGCCGUACGCCCGCCCAGCACGUCCGAGUACGAUGCGCGUCGUCCGGUCUCUUCGGUCUCGGAACUGAACGCGAUCGGUGUUUGCGCUCGCUUGUGGCGUAAACCUUAUCACACGUUUUGUAUUUACCGAUAUACCUUUACGCACGGUCGCAAUUAUUGUUCACGCCGCCGUGCCCGUCAAAACUUCGUGAUUACAAAACGAUUAUAGUUUAAAAAUCGAGUCCGAUUAUUAAAACAAAAAAAAAACAAUAUUAUCAUCAUUGCGUUUUAUCGAUAUUAUUACAACACCGUUAGUGUUCUAGUGUCCCGCGUGGACUAUAUACUCUGGCGGAUCCGCUGAUCGACGACGACGACGCCGUCACCGCGCACCGCCGUCGACCACCUGUGGCGCGCGCGUGAUCUUCUCCAAGUCUAUCGUUCAGGUCCAGCUCGUUCGCGGAUUCGGUGUGGUGCAGCUGUUGCAGGGCCGCCGAGCAGUGCUGCUGUUCGCCGCUCGUCGUCCGUCGUCUCCGUAUAAUAAUAAUAAAUUAUAAUAUUAUACGAACGUCGUUAACGGGCGACCGUCGUCGUCACGAUGAGAGCUACCGUUUCACUAUGGUUCUUGGUGUUCGCCGGUUUCGCGUGCAACUACAUGAUACGUAUCAAUCUUAACAUUGCCAUAGUCAACAUGACCACGGCAAAGAGCAGAGGUCGGAGUGUACUGAUGUGUGGCGAUUCAGUGGUCAGUUCAAAUUUAACCGUUGGAAAGGAUUUAGUCGUCAAAAAAACAGAAUUCGAAUGGAACGACAGUGAACGGGCCAGCGUACUCGGAUCGUUUUAUUGGUUACAUUGGGCGUUACAGUUACCUGGAGGGUUGCUCGCACGACAAUUUGGGGCUAAGCGGGUUUUUGGUUUAAGUAAUUUGUUCAUGUUCGUCAUGUCACUACUGAUGCCGGUCCUCGCCCGGUGGGACAUAAAAGGACUCAUCUUGGCUCGAGUGUUACAAGGGUUUGUCGGGGGUAUGGCGUGGCCAUCGGUACAUCAUCUAACCGCGCAUUGGGUGCCGCCGAACAAGAGGAGCAAAUUCAUUACUGCCUAUUUUGGCAGUUCGAUCGGAGUGGCUCUUACGUUCCCGUUCUGCGGAUUCAUACUGGAGAAAUGGGGCUGGUCGUACGUGUUCUAUACCACAGGGGUGAUCGGUAUAGUAUGGUUUUUGGCAUGGUGGAUGUUCGUGUAUGAUACACCCUCGCAACAUCCUUACAUAUCUCAAGUUGAACUUAUGCACAUCACUAGUAGCCUUACCGACGUGGUGUCCACUGCAAAGUUACCAAUACCGUGGAAGUCCGUGUUGACGUGCGUACCAUUUUGGAUCGCACUGUCUAUCCAGUGGAGUACCGGGUGGGCUCUGCACACGCUCAUGACGCAAACCCCUACCUAUCUGGUAUUAAUGUUCGGGUGGAAUCCGGAAAAGAUCGGUCUUUGGUCCGGCAUACCUCAUUUCACCCGUUUCGUGUUCUCGCUGUGCCUGUCAUUCGUCAUCGACUCGCUCAUGGCCACCGGCCAAUACAGCCGCACUUGCGUGCGUAAAAUAUCGACCACUAUUUGUACGGUGGUGCAAGCCCUCCUCAUCGUGGCCAUAGUGUAUUCGGGUUGCGACCCGAUUUUGGUCAACGGAUUCUUACUACUGGCCAUGACAGCCAGCGGUGCUUCUACUUCAGGACCGCUGUCCAUAAUGGUCGACCUGUCGCCGAAUUUCGCCAGCGUGCUCCAAGGAUUUAGCGGUAUUAUUGGAGUCAUCCCGGGUAUGAUAUCGCCGUUUGUGCUAUCUUAUUUCACGAACGACAACAAUACGCUCGAAGCGUGGCAACACUUUUUCGCCUUGAGCGGGGUGUUAAUAGCCAUCCCGGGACUCUUGUACAAUUUCAUCGGCUCUAGCGAACUUCAGCCAUGGAAUAGUCCUAUUCCGGCGGCUGAUCCUGAAUCGACCAACGGCAACGCUAAUGCCAAAAAAUGAUUAUUUUAAGAACACGUAGAUAGUUUGUAAUUAACAAUCGACCGAAUGACCAAUUUUGUAUUUUUUUUUUUUUACAAUAUUAUUAUUUAUAUUACGUGACACCUUAUAAAUCAGCAAUUCGUAUAAAAUGUUAAAUAUUAUUAUAGACUUGAAAUCGGGGUGAAUAUACAUUAUUAUACAGGAUAAAUAGAUGAUGUAUAGUACAAAAACAAUAUUACAAGUUUUUGUGCAUCAAUAUUUAACACGAUUAUAGGUAUUAUAUUAUAAUAUCUACAUUUUAAUGUAUUAUUUCUAUAUUCUAUACAUAUUAUUAUAUAUAGCUAUAUACUAUGGUAUUUAGUUAUUGUUAAUCAUUAAUAAUGAUUCAUUAUGAACCGAAGAAAAUAACUUAAGUAGGUACAAUAUUUAAUUAGAUUUAAGUAUAUAUUAUAAAUGUAGCCCAAACAUCGGCCACCUAUCAACAAAAUACCUACCUAGUAAAUACCUUAGUUUAAAUAAUAUUAUGGUUGCAGGAAUAAUAAGUACAAAACGAAUGUGUUUCUUACAUAUAUAGGAAACAUUGUAACCAUGCACAUUUGUUCUUAUAAGUACAAUAAUAUAAUAUUAUUAUACGUAGAAAUGUAUAAAAUGUGUAUUAAACUGAUUGGUAUAUUUUUUUAUACAUUAUGAUUAUUAUAUUUUGUUAUAAUUUGUAUGUUGUAUUUAACAAUUUAUAUGAUUUACAAUAUUUUUAAAUUAUGAUAAAUAAAAUAUUUUAUUAAA